AUGCGUACUUACACACUGUGGAAUAAAACGUCGAUUAAUCGGUUAAUCGAUGUGCACUAUCCCCACUUCCGGCGGACGUAUGAUGCGUACGGGCACUAGGUGAUGCGCGCGGACGCUGCACGUUAUCUCGUGCUCCAUAAAUAUGGCGGUUGGUACGUCGAUAUGGACCUCGUUUCUAAGAAGAGCGUAUCUUCGCUGGAAACCCUGGCCCUGAGGCAAAAUUCCAGCGUGAUAGUCCGUUUCACCGAACCAUGGGGUUUCUCGAAUGAUUUCAUCGGCAUCACACCACAACACCCAUUCCUAGACAACGUGCUUACGGCCCUUCCUGUCUCGAAGGGCUGGUAUAUUUUUCCAUACGCCUCAACCAUGUUCUCCACAGGUCCAAUGUUUAUGUGGGGGAGAUACCUUAACUACCCACACCAGGAAGAGUUUCUCGCGGUGAAAAACGAGACUUACCGAGAUUACAUCGUGCUUCUCCACGUGGGCUUAUGGCACUCGUUGGACGGAGUAGUGGUCUGGUACUUCUUCAAUGAUGUGCCGACACUUUUAAGUUUAUGA